AUGGCAUUCACAAUCCGCACGGCAGUCCACUCCGACAUGCCUUCAGUCGUAUCUAUCGACAUGGUCGCCAACCGCGAAACUUCCGCUCUGAUCACCAUGAACUUGCUUCCCCCGGCGGAGCUAGAAGCUCUCUUUACGUCCCGUUACACGCACUACUUAUCUAGGCCUUCUCGAUACCGAUUCUUGCUCGCUACCACGAGUAUGGAAGAGCCAGGAGGGAGAGGCAGAGAAGAAAUCGUCGGAUUUCUCGUUGGCGCAUACCCAAAGAAGGGAGGCGAGGAGGUGGUAGACUUUAAGCCUGCCAUUCCCGAGGAUGAGCGCGCGAGGGAAUUGUUUAUCUGGUUUUUUGGGUUGUCGGCCGAGGAUAAGAAGAUGUGGUUUAGGGAUGAUAUGUGGGAGCUCGAAUCUCUACAGACAUCGCCUGCCUACCAACGUCGCGGUAUCGGUUCUCUGCUGCUCACACGAUGGGUCGAAGAAGUCGACGCCGCCAACGGGACCACGUUCGUGCGAGCCUCGCCCCGAGGCCGUGGUCUGUACGCGAAAUUUGGCUGGGUGGACCAGAGUAUCUGGUCAGUUGACGUGACCAAGUAUGGAAGAGCAGAACCCAUCGUAAAUUACAACAUGAAGAGGGAAGCCAAAGAGCAGGUAUCCACGUGA